UGAAGAUACCGUGGCUUUCUAUCACGAGGCGGUAUUAUGUCUCGGGUUUGUUUAUCGUCUCCAGAGGUUUACCUGGUGAAAUUGCAUGCGAUGUUUAGCAGCACAGCCAUUUUACUGUUCGGCAGCCGCUGCUAUGGAAAGUGAAAAUGCAGAGCGACAGCGAGCUCGUGGGCGCCCCGUGGAGGAAGAGGGCUCAACGGGUUUCCCGUAGGCUGCUCUGCUGCUCAUGCUUGAGCGGUGAGGAGCGGGAUCCUCUGCAGCAGCAGGAAAGGACGAUUAAUGGGGACUCUCGGCAUCCACACUUGGAUCGGCGGGGAUCGGGUGAGAGGCAGGCUAUCCAGAUUACGGUGGAGGAUCUGGGGAUAGUUAACACCAGCUUCAGCCUGUGCGAGGAGGACACUCCGACCUUAUCGCACAACGGCACGGCCCGCUCGGCUAGCUCCGUGUCCUCAUGCCUGAGGGCUCUGAAAAAGAAACGACUGAGGCCUCUGUUUUCACUCCCUAUGAACAUCCAGGGAAAACUGGCCAUCACUUCUACCACUGGAGAAGGUGACGAAGAAGAGGAGGACGACGACCCGUUUGAGAUUGAGAUUGGCACAGAUGUCGCGCCAGCUCCCGGAAGCCUCCUAUCACCGCCCGCCAUUAAUCUGAUCCCACCCACUCCGUCUGGCGUGGUGGACGACGAUCAGUUCUUUGACGUUCACAUGGAGGACAUUGUGGCAAAUGACGCUACCAGCGGUGGAAGCUUUGGUGCUGGUGACCACGAGAGCUACGAGGAAUCGAUGAAGGGUGCCGAGGCAAAGGAGUCAACCGUGGAAAUUCCAGUGGCAGAGCAUACGGUCAGUGCUGAUAAUUCAGCAGAGCCUGAAGAGGGCCUACGUGACAAGUCUGGAGAAGAAGAAGAAGAAGAAGAAGAAGAAGAAGAAGAAGAAGAAGAAGAAGAGGCAGAGACAACCAAAGAUGGGGACGAAGAGAAAACAAAGCCACGGCUCUUACAUUGCGUGUACCAGGUGGCUCCUCUCCCGAAGUGCACUCCAAAAAAUGGACUGAGCAACCGAGGUGUGAACUGCUCCGACAUGCUGAGAGCUGAACUCUGCCUGCUUCCUGCCAACAUGGACACAUUCACUCACCAGAGGAGGCUCAUAACGCGCUCCUGCAGUCUUGAAGACACACCGACCAGGAGCGCCGCUUUCCACGCUUUGACCCAGACCACAGACCACCAGGAAGAUGAGAGGUCGCUCCGACAACGCCGCAUAACCGUUGCAUCGUAUACGCCUCAGUCUCAGGAUCAGAAUGGAAACUUCCCUGAGAAGGACGUGGACAGGCAAGUGGCCAAAUGUCUUGGGGAACUGAGCACAGAUGAAGUCUGCCGCUGGUUUACCAAUAUCGGACUGCAGAAAUGUCUUCCUUUCAUCCGAGAUGUAAACCUGUGUGGAGCAGACGUAGCCUCGGUGGAUGUGACCACUCUGGACGUCCUGCACAUCACCACCCUGGAGGAGAGGGAGCAGCUGCUGUCUGCCAUUUAUAAGGAGCUGCAUCCUACCAGCCCUAUCACCCAGAGACUCGACUCUCUGCUUGAUUCGUUAGGCCCCAACAAUGUCGAGGCAUUCACUGAAACAUUAGUGACAAUGAGCAAAUCUAAGUCCUCUCCACAUGUGAGCUGCCUGAGCAUGAAUCGGCGUUCCCUAAAGCGCAGAAACACCAGCCAAACCCCCUUGGCACAGAGGAAUUGUCAGCUGAUAGAGAUUACAAUAAAUGCAUCGGAGCGGAUAGUUCAUCUCCGAACACCUAAGGAAACAACUGUGGGCAAAAUCAUGGAUUCAUGCAUCAAAAUGUUGGGAAUGACAGAAGAUAGGAGCCUUUUCACACUGAGAGAAAAGCAAGGUUCAUCAGAAGACCUCCCCCUAGAUCAGGUGAUCUCCAGCCUACUGACAUCGACAUCAGAACACAGACAGUUGGAGCUACACUUGUGUAAAACGAAGGGGUCAUCGGAAACCACAUCAAAAAAUAAUCCAGGAGUCCACAGCUCUAAUGAGAAUAGCAACCUCAACAAAAAUGUCCUGGUGAACCAGCCAGCCAAAGAAGAGAGGAUCAAAGAACUAAACCAACAGGUGGAAUCGCUCCAAAAUGUCAUCCUUCAGGUCCAGGAGCUCCACCACGGCCUGGUGGCAUUUUGCGCAGAGAUAAAGAACAUGGAUGGAGAUGUGGAUGUGGAGAGGCUUAGCUCCGCUGAGCUGGAGGAGAGGUCGCAGUUGGUUAAACGCCGCCUGAAUGACAAGAGGCGGAGCCUGCAGACCCUCAGAGACAGCAUCAACGACUCCACUGCUCACAAAAAGAAACAGUUGGAAGUACGUCUCUUGGAAAAGAUGAAACUGAACUGCCAGGUGUUCAAGGAGGAGAUUUCCAUGGUGCAUCUCAAUCGGCAGAUGGCUCACCUCCAAAACGCUUUGCAAGAAAGCUAUGUUAAGGAGAAAGUUCAGAGGAAAAGUUUGGCCAUUGGUAGCCUGAGCCAGCUGGUGUCCCCGCAGUCUCCUGCCAUGCUGCUGGUCGUGCAAGAGAACCGUCAGCCUGAUGGCCAGUAUGGCUUCUCGUGUUGCUACAGGGAAGGCAGCGGACUACUGGUGGUGAAGGUGGACAACUGUCAACUCUGUGUGGAUGACAGACUGGUGGAGGUGAACGGUGUCCCGGUGGUUAACUCUACGCAGGAAGAGCUGACUACCAUCUUACUGGAGGGGCCCAGCGCCAAAAUUGUUGUCCUUCGCCAGCCCCCGCCCACUCCCACCACCUUAGUCCUGCAGAGCAUCAUCCCCUCCGAUCCCGUGCACAAAAGCAACUUAGUUGGUGUUGAAACAACUCCUCGACGGAAGGUGGUGGCCAUCUGAUGAAAGCACACAGAGAGAGAAAAAGACCAUUGCAGAGACUGAGUGUUGAUGAUAUGUGACAUCCUGUCUUUUGUUUGUUAUUUAACUCUGUGAAAAUGUAAAUGUGUUGAAUUGAUUGACUUUUAGUUUGGAACAUCAGAUAGUAAUAUAGCUGUGUUGUUAUGUGAUGUUUUAUCUGCUAAGCCUCAACACAUGUAGCUCUGUGCUUGGCGGAUACAACAGUUAUCCAUAAUCCGUAUGGUUUCAGUGUAUAUGCAGAACCUUGCCUAUGGAAAAACAUAACACUGAGCCAUGAGGGGAAAAUGAACAGUAAAAGGCAGACACAGUCCUUUUUGAGGGUUUAAGAAUGUAAGCCUGAUGAGGAAAAUGCAUGCUUCAUCUUUUACAACUAUAAUUGAAAAUAUGUGAAUCGUGUCUAUAGUUACUGUAACAUAUAGUGUAACGAUACAUCCAAUAGCUUUGUAUCCUGUUUCUCUUAUCAGAUUGGACACUUGUACGGUCUGAAGCAGUGUUCAGAGAAAAAUGUUUCUUAAAACAUGAGUCACAUAUCUGUUUUUGGAUGUUGUAAUGUAAUCCACUGUGCUGCAGGAAUAAACCCUUGGG